AUGCCGGUUUUGAGUAAAGUGAUGGAAAGUUUUUGUCAAGUUUUUUGGUCAUAAUUAUAUCCUAAACGGGAUAAAAUUGUUAUCUGAUACAGGUUGCUUUAGAAGCCUUCUGUGGAUUAAUUUGAAUCUACUCAUUCGGUAGCGUUAAAGAGUCGUUUGAAAGGAACCGAGUCGAUGCGAGUCAUCGUGCUGAAUCGUGUUGGCUUUCGGUUGUUCACAUGGAGUCAAGUUAGAAUGGAUGUGUGUCGAGUUCGUCUCACUUUCUCCUUACGUGCGCUAAUAAACUAUGAAAAAAGACUAUUUGUGUAGCUGCCUUCGGAGUGCAGAAGAUUUAUACUAAACGAUUUGAGAUGAAGAAGGACAUUGACACCUUAAUAGCUGAAGAACGAGCUGAGAUCAUCUUAAAAUAUGACAAGGGCAGAGUGGAGGGCGUGCACAUUAACCCUUGGGAGGAUGCCGACUACAAGGUCUACAAGGUCACGGACCGCUUUGGCUUCCUGCAUGAGGAGGAGUUACCCACUCCGAGUGCAGUGGAGGAGAAGCACAAAAAUCAGGAGGUGGAACGGGUGGACAAAUGGCUUAAGAUGGUGAAAAACUGGAGCAGGUACCAUAACAGUGAGAAGAUGGUCAAGCGUGUUUUUAAGGGGAUUCCCCUGCAGCUGCGUGGCCAGGCCUGGGCUCUCCUGCUGGAUCUGGAGAAGGUGAAGCAGCAAAAUGAGGGGAAAUAUGAGAAAAUGAAGGAACAAGCCAGGAGCUUCUCGACAGAAAUCAAGCAGAUAGACCUGGAUGUCAACAGGACUUUUAGGAAUCAUAUAAUGUUCAUGGAGAGAUUUGGAGUCAAACAACAAGCCCUGUUCCAUGUGCUAACCGCGUACUCGGUCUACAACACGGAGGUAAGCUACUGCCAGGGCAUGAGUCAGAUCGCAGCCAUUUUGUUGAUGUACCUGAACGAGGAGGAUGCAUUCUGGGCCUUGUCUCAGCUUCUCACCAACCAGAAGCAUGCUAUGCAUGGAUUCUUUAUCCCUGGCUUCCCCAAACUGCAUCGCUUCCAGGCCCAUCAUGACCAGAUCCUGGCUAAACUCCUUCCAAAGCUAAAGAGGCAUUUGGAUAAGGAGCAGAUGACUACUGGUAUAUACACAACCAAAUGGUUUCUGCAGUGUUUCAUCGACAGGACACCAUUCACAUUGACGCUGCGCCUGUGGGACAUUUAUAUACUUGAAGGAGAGAAGAUUUUACCUGCUAUGGCCUACACAACACUUAGAAUUCAUAAAAAGCGUCUGUUGAAGAUGCCUUUGGAGGAACUGCGAGAGUUUCUGCAGGAAAGCAUCUCCUCCUCCUUCCAGAUGGGCGAUGAUGCGGUUAUAGAGCAGCUGCAGGCCGCCAUGUCUGAGCUACGGAAAAUGAAGCUGGAUCUUCCUCCUGCACCCAAAGGUGAUGAGCUACCAAUGAAGCCUCUGGGCAUAGAGCGUCCAAUUGUGCUAACCCCUAUAUCCUCUGUUCAGCCAGUCAAAGAUGAUGAACAGCUCCCAGCUCAUCCUCACACAAAUAACCCCAUCACAAAGAAUCAGCCCCCACCUGUUCCUCCAGCAAAACCAGUAUCUCUGUACACCCAGACACACUGUCCAGAACUCCAAAGCUCAUGUUCACAGCCUGAGACAGAAAUACCAGAGACUGUUGUUGCAGAGGUAAGUCUAUUAUCCUCUUCUGUGAGCAAUUCUCUGUCUCCGGAGAGUAGAGAAACCCAUUCCCGGGCAGAUUCAGGUGAGUGGCCUCCACCGUACCUGCCCGCCGAAGCUGAUUUAUACAGCGUAGACUCUCUGAAUUUCCCUGAGCUGCCUCCACCUCCUCCACCCUGCCUCGACCCAGAGUCUGGUGUUUACCUUUCCCCCUCAGGGGACUCGCUUUCACCAGCACCAAUCCAACAGGAACUGUCUACAUCACCAUCCUCCUACAGGGCACAGCGACAGAUCGGCAAGUUCCCUGUCAAUUUUUAUGUCCCAGCAUCCCCAGGAGCUCGAAGGCCCUCUGAACAAUCUCACUAUGACAAUCUGUCUGAAGAAGAAGAGCAGCCUGGAGAGAAAAUUCCAGAAAUUCGAGAGAACUUGCACCUCUCUUCUUCUCAGCCAUGGCCUUCUCCACCCAGUUUCUUUUACAUUCCCGAAUCGGCUCCAGCGGCACCACUGAAGUUCCCCUCAGAAUACACCAACACUGGUAGCUGUGAGACGUCAAACUGCACCUUCAAUCAACCCCCACCUGAGUUUGAUGACCCGCCCUCCACUGUUUCCUCUCCUCUGCUCUCUUAUGCUGCCGUCCAGUCUGGGCAGAACCAGAACCACGCCUACAGGAAUCAACUGCCACGUCCCAAACUGCCAGUAAAACCUGCAGCACUUUCGUCUGGACCCACAGCAGCGUGUGCUGACUUUAACCGGAUGCAUGUCCCGACUUCCCAACCGCCAAAACCAGUGACCUUCUAGCACAGGAAACUGUGCACUCUCUUUUGUGCCAUUGCAAUAAAAAAAAGAACAAAAGAGGCCGUGUUGUGUCCAGUGAUGGUUAGGAUUUCCCCAAAGUCAAGAAAAUGCUCGUGUCUUAGGGUAACCUUAAGGCGCUCAGUAUUUUGUGACUACUUUUUUGUUUAAGUGAUUUCUAAUGUAGCAUAUGGGUGGAAAUGGUGUGUGUGUGAGUGUGUGUGUUAGGAGUAGCUGUUAUAUUCCUGUUCUUGUAUUUGUUUUUGUAAGUUUUCAUACAUUUUUAAUAGUAAGUCAGUUGCCAGUAUUAAAACUCUGAUUUAUUUUUUGUUUACAAUGGGUAAAUUAUAUUAUUAGUAGGGUGCCAUUAUUUUGUGUAUACUGUGAGAUGAUAAUCUACAGCGCUACAACAACAGUGUAAAGCACAAUCUUAUUUUUUCCCCCAAGAAAAAUGGCUUAAAAGUAUUGUGAAUGUGUGUGUACAGGGGUUGUUUAGGCAGCUUUUGUUCUGUUUUUAUGCAAAGGUCAUGUAAAGUGUAAAAUACAUACUUUUACAAAAAAAAUA